AUGCCUCCUACACGAGCGAGCGCAAAAUACACCAAAAAGGACGGCAGCCUCGUAGUCUCCGACGACAAGAAAUAUGUUUUCUGGACGCCUUCCGAUCCUCCAGGCGCAACGCCGACCGUCACGAUCCCCGUGGUGGACAUCACGAAUCUUCAGCAAACUCCCGCGACGUCCAAAGCCAUUGCCUUGAAGGUCUUCGUCAACACCGACAGCUAUGUCUUCAGUUUUACGCACAAGGAGAAUGCGAGGAAAGAGCAGGAGGUUGUCACGGAGGUGUUGAGGAAUAUCAUCGCUGCGAAUAAGGCUUCGACUGCGGCGUCACUUAAUGGAGGUGCACAACCGGCGGCAUUGGCGAUUGCCAAAGCAGUGUCGUCAAAAGCUGCAGAUGAGGGGUGGUACGAUGACAGCAAGUUGAUGGCGGACGCCAACUUGCAGCGGUCACUGCUAGAGUCCAACAAGUCGCUGAAGGAUCGUUUCAACCAGGCUCUGAAGGACAAGCCCGAGUCUGUCAGUAUCUCGCAAUUCAAUGGACAGUUCUGGAAGGCGAGACUACAUCUCCUCCGAGCACAUGCGAUUGAGAAUGCACAGAAGAAGGGAGAGUACAAUGUUCUGCCUGAAAUCAAGUUCAUACAUAAGCCUGCGGAGAAGGAGGGCGAGCCGGACACGAAACAGCUUCAGAUCACAAAGGAGCAGAUCAAACUCAUUUUCAAGCAGUAUCCUAUCGUAUCGGAGGCGUAUAACGAGAACAGCCCGCCGUUGUCUCCUGCACAGUUUUGGACAAAGUUCUUCCAGAGUCGACUGCUGAAGAAGUUGAAGGGAGAGAAGAUCACAGAUCAGGACCCACGAGACUCAAUACUUGACAAGUAUUUGGACAGGAGGCAAGGCGAGGGUCCUGCUGCGAUUGGACAUGUACCUCAUUUCCUUGAUCUGGAGGGCAAUGAGCAGAACCACAGUCAGCGGAAGGGCAACAGACCAGACCAAGAUAUGAGACCGUCUUCUGGCGACAAAGUCCCAAUCUUGAGGGUCCUGAACAAUCUUUCCGAAAAGAUGAUGUCCCACGUGGCGCCAGAAGAUGGUGAAGCGCAUGCUCCCGUUGGCAUGGACGAAGAGACCUUCGAUCAACUACGACUACGAGAUCUCGCCAUGGACGAUGUAGACAAUCGAGUCGUACUGAACGUGAAGGAACAGCAGCGCUAUGUGGGCGGCGACAAAGACUCUCUAUCUGCAGAAGCCAAACUCUACGCCCAACAAGACCCCGAAGAAGUCCUCUCCACCCUCCGAAAAGUCCUGCAGCCCUCACAACUAGGCAGCGACGCUCAAGGAACCCUUCGCCUUGACCGUGUCAUCGGCUACAAUGCAGAUUCCGACUCCGAAUCAGACGACGAAGCCCAAACCACACCCAAAAAGCGCGCCCCUCGCAUCGGCUCCCACACAGCCAUGUCAACCGCCACAUCCACCAUCCUCUCCUCCAUCCACCGACGCCGCGACCACGCCUCCAACGACCCCAACGCCCUCCACGGCCUCUCUCAAUCCACCUUCGACGCCCUCGCCACAACUCACAACACCACCACCGAGUUCCUCCACUACUUCUGGGUCCUCUUCCUCUCCGGCGACGCCUCCCGCACAAAAGAACUCGAACAACUCGUCUCCACCCUCGACCGCUCGCUGGACCGCAUCAACGCGGUGGCGGAUACCGCGGAGAAGGAACGCGAGAAGAGGAUCGAGGCGAUUAAGAAGCAGUUGCAGGAGUACUACGAGAAGACGGGGAAGAGGAGAAAAGUGGACUUUGAGACUGCGGCGCCGGGUGGGAGGAAGGUAGCUGAGGCGAUGGUUAGGCCUACUGUGCAGGCUUUGGCGAAGGCGACGGGGGCGUAUAGGAAGGCGUUGCAGGAGCAGUUGAGGGAGGCGGGGAGUGCGGGUGCAUAA